AUGUCCCUCCUGCAGUGCCAGUGUCCCCGGCAAUGUAAUCCGGCGGAUGCCGGCAUCUGUCUUCUGGGUUCCGUCCCCUGGGAGCGUCGGGACGUACGGGGGACACGGAGUGGCGGGAAAUUUGAAAAUGACAAAAAUAAAACAUUACUGUAUCAAACCAUUUCACAUACAUUUUGUCCCGAGUGCUUUGUCCUGUGCCCUGCCUGCAUUUCUGCUGUUCCUAUUGCCUGGAAACUGAUAAACGUCCAUGGCGUCCAAAAAGCGUCCCUUUAGGUCAAAAGCGGUUUUAGACCAGCUAGAGAACAGCGAUAGUAAAUUAGAACCACUUGCAGAAUUGA